CAAACAGCAACACACUCGAAGUAGUAGUGAGCUGUCAAAAUACACCCAGUAGUUGUCAGUCUCAAUACAAAAUAAAGGUUUUCAAUGUACGCCAAAAUUGAGGAGCCCGCAAUAAAUCGCUUUCUUAUUGACUGCUUGAGUUGUUUUGUUUUGCCAAUUCCAUCUCCACCGGUGAAAGCAACGGAGGGAACAGCAAAACUAGCGAAAUCGAAGACGAUCACCAAACAGAGACGGAAAUCGCACCCAACGACGGUGGAGAAACAACCGCCGCAGCAGCAGCAACAGCUUGGGCCCGAAGGGACGGUGGAAAUUGCGCAGCGGCGGAAGCGGCGUAGCAGCGGCAGAGGAAGAUGUUUGCGGAGAAACUGCUCGCUAGCGUCGCUAAAGCGGAUAUGAUAGCGAACAGCAGUGACCCCGAGGAACUGCUGGAGAAGUUCAUACCGGUUGGGAUGAUGAACGGUUCCAUAGGCAUUCAGAAGCCCCAGACCGUGAUAACCGAUCUGGGAAAGGCACUUCUCCAGGCGGCUAAGUCAGGCAACACCGAAAAGGUUCACGAGUUGAUGAGCAGAGGCGCCCCUUUUACGGCCGAUUGGCUGGGAACAUCUCCUCUGCAUUUAGCCUCUCGCCAUAACCACGUGGACACUUGCAAGGUGCUUCUGCGAGCCGGUAUCAGCAAAGACAGCAAGACAAAAGUGGACCGAACGCCGCUGCAUUUUGCCGUGUAUCAGGGUAACAUUGAGAUUGUGGAACUGCUGCUGAAUAGCAAGUGCGAAGUGGAUGCUAAGGACAUGUUGAAGAUGACAGCACUCCAUUGGGCGGUUGAGCGGCGGCACGAUAAGAUUGUGGAAAUGUUACUGCAACAUGGAGCCGAUCCGAACGCGGUAUCCAAAUUCGGUAAAUCUCCCAUCAGUAUUGCGACCGAGGCAGGUCAGGUGGAUUUAGUGCGGAUUUUACUGUUGGCGAAUCAGAUGCGAGCGGCCAGUAGGGAACAGAUUCAGGAAGCAACAGACAAUUUGAUGUACGAGCUACAGCAGCAUAAAGAACGCGAUAGCGCCCAGAUGGACGACACAGAGGACAAUAUAACAAUGGACCUAAGCAAUGACGGUAGCAUUUCGAAUGUGUCAUCCACACACAGAGGAAUAAUAGAUCAUCAUGACGCCAACACUAGCGACACGGACCAUUUAAUCGAGAGAGAAGACAGUCUUAGCGAUGCCAUAAUCAAUUUAGAGCAGAGUACGGAGCAGGAUCCGACAAAUCUGGACACAAAUACGUUACAAAUGUUGAAGGAUCACGGGAUAGCGAUGAUUCCUUCCGAUGACUCCGGUAGCAGUUUAAUUACAUCUGCAAUCCAGAGUGGGCGUAAGAUCGUCCUCUCGGAAGCCGGCAAGUUUGCUCUCAACGAGACAAGGGUCCAACCCAACAUGACUACUGUUCCAUCGACCGUAUCCCCAUCAGUGUCAACAACAACGAAGAAAACCAUUAAGAUUAUAAAGAAAACUACGCCUUAUGCUGUGCCGCAGCAACAUGGGCAACAUCGACAAACCAGUAGUCACGGCCACGCAGGAAGUGGUGGAACGAUAAAAACCAACAAGGUUAUAAAAAUAUUAUCUGCAGAGGAAUUUAAGCAGAUCUGUGGCGGUGAGGUUGGUGGAUUGAAAAAGAUUUCUUCCACAGAUUACAGGAAAACGGUUCAACCCACCACGGCAAUGAGAAUGCCACAAACGGUACCAAGGCCUGCCGGCUCAAUCACUCCGUCCGGUUCGAAGCAUAUUAAGAAGAUAGUGAUGACGAAAAACCGACUACCCGGCAGUAGUCCCAGUGCAGGAGAGAAUGUUAUCUCAAAAAUUAGUUCUGUAAAUAGCUUCGGUAGUAAUAGCAAUAGCAGUAGCGGCAAUAACCGACACAUCAUCACCUCGGCCGAUGGUGUAAAACGGCUGCGAACGGCCACCGGUAUGGAGAUAAUCUCAAAACUGCCCACUAAAAUACCACAGGAUACCGUAGUUUCGGUAGAGGGUAGUGCUGUGGCAAGCGGUCUGAUAACAUCUACUCAACGCAGCGGCAUUGUUCCGAUCGCAACGGUAACCACAAAUCAACAGCAGCAGCAACAGCAGCGGGGGGUAAGUAGCAAUACGAAUUUUUCUUCCAAUUAUGCAACCAACGGGGGCAACAACAGUACUACUGCUUCGAUGAGUUUUGGAGAAUUGGAGCGGCAAUUUCUCGAGGUGAAAAAGCAAACCGACGAUCUGCGGAAACAAUUCGAGCUGUCGCAAAAGCAAAACGAAGAGUACAGGGCCCGAGUGGAAAAGCUCGAGAAGGAGGUGCAAACGCUGAAACAGAGUAGUAGUAAUAAUCUUAACAAUUUCAUAGAGAUAGUCUAAAAGCUUAGGUGAGGAUCGUAGAGAUUAUUUAUUUGUAUAAUGAUGCGCAAACUGAUCGGUUGUAUAAGAAUUUAUUUUAUUGCUUAUAUAAACGCUAGAAUGCUCUCGGGAAAAAGAAACAUAAUCCGUGAGUACGGUUGGUCUUCUAUUGUAGUUGAUCGAACGGUUAAGGAAAAGACAGGAUAACUAAAAAGUUUCACAUAAUGCGACUAUUGGUUUUAUUAAGUCAUGAGAAACAACGGUAUGGUGACUAGUUUGUAUCUAAUACAAAUAUAUUCCAUCGAGAUAAGUCCUUGAAAAUUGUGACAAAAUUGUAUUUAUCGUUGGACUUUUGUUGUUGAACACACUUUUGAACGUCAGACUCAGGCGAGGGGUGUUAGAGCUUCGAACACAAAAAAUAGAAUCCCAGUAAGUUUAACCAAUCAAAAUUUUUGGGUUUUUCCUAGACUGGUUCCAACACAUUCAGCUCAGUGAAUCAAUAUUUUGUUCAGCAAAAAGCAUUUAUUUUCGCACUAUGAAUAAAUUUUUCGAGUAUAUUUUUUGUGUAUAAACAAAAUUCAGACAGUGUAACUACCAAUCGGUUUUGUAAAUGGUUUUAAAAAUGUCUUCCAUUUUUCUAGACUUAUGGACAAUCUUUUUUGAUUAACAAAAUAAACUGGAACGAUUUAAUUAUGGUUUUAUUAUCAACUAGUGGAACAGUAAUGUCAUAGUUUCUACAUGUACCUUUUUACAAUCCGCUCUCUAAUUAACUGAAUCGUUCUUUGUUUGUUGACUAAGGUCUAUGUUUAGUUAGAUUGGACCUAUUUUUCAAGGUAGAAAAGGCGUAUCAUUUCAUAGGGAUAGAUUAGGCGUUGUGUAUUGUCACCAAGGUUAGCUAGCAUCUAGUGUUCGAGCGUGUACCCUUAUUAUUUCCGGUUUUGGGAUUUUUUGAAACCAAGAAUCUGUAGAUACAGAUUACAGAUAUUUUGAGUUUCAUACAAAAUAUACAGAAUUUUUGAAAUAACGUUUCUACAUUAGUCGUGGCUUGAUGUCAAUAAAACGCUAAUAUAAAAAUAUUAACAUUCGAAUCAGUCUGAAUUGUCUUAAUUUUUCAUUUUCGAUCUAGGGCGAAAAGAUGCAAAAACUUGCGUCAUCGGUUAGCGUUCAACAAACAAAUAACACUGUUUAUCUUAUCCGCACUAAAGAACAGUGAAGGGGAAUUCCAAAAGUAUGCUCAGACUUUCGUGAAAAUUCAUGCUCUGAAAUUGCUUGUUUCAAUCAUUGCAAAAAUUUCAAAGAACAAUGGAUACGUUUUGACGUAGGAUUACGUUUUCGGGAGUACCUUCUAUAUGUACAAAUAAAAAAACUAGAUAUCGGUCGCCAAACGAAAAUUGUUUAAUUUUGAGCUCUUUUUACUCAGACAUUUGAUGAUGAUUUGAUAUUUUUCCCCAAUCGAUUCUGACAUUCCCUAACAAUAUAUUGUAAUAUAAUGAUGAAUUUCCAAUACUUCAAAUAGCGUUGAAACAGAGUUUCGAAUUUCCCAUAUAUUUGUGUACCCCGCAAGGCAUUUUGCGCUUUGCGGUCUACUAAUUUAUAUUUACUUUUCGUACAACCUAAAGUGAAAAUAAAAGUACAACUCAAUCCAGGAAAUAUUGAAGCUCUCAAUCCAUUGAAAAUACUGAAUUCGUCUGCAAAAAGAUGUUUUUCACAGAAAUUUAUCGAUAAAUGUAACCAUACACUCUGUCCAGCUUCUAUAAGACCAGGUGAUGAUCCUGCUGCUUUGUGUCAUUGUAAACAAACAAUGCUUCAAUUUAUAUUCUAGUGUGUAGGUAUUGGUGACUACCAUACACUGCAUGAUUUUAAUAUGGGUAUGUGCAAGUGCUGAAUGUAAACGAAUGUUUUUGUACUUUUCAAGUGUUAAGUUUCUAUAAGACCAGUUUCAUUUUCCGUUGUUUCAGUUGUUUCGAUCAAUAAAUCUGGAAAAUGCCGCAGAAAAUUACUCACGGAGAGAGAAGAAAGACAAAUCGAUGCAUUUUACAAAGACAAUAUUGAUAUCAGAGUAAAUACUCGUCGGAUUGGAUGAUUCCAUCAAGUAGUGCUCAAAUAAUCCUUGAGGAGAGCUUCAUGUAAAUCGAAGCACUAUGAUCGGGAUAAGCGGGAAACAGCUAGAACAGCUUCGAUUAUCUCAAAAUCGCUUAUGCAAAUAAAGCAAUAUUUCAAUUUAAAUUUUACUCGGGUGACAAUUCUUCAAGUUUAGAUAAAAAAUCCUCACAUAAAGAAGGCUUAAAAGGUUAAAGCUCCUCAUCUUACACCAUCUCACAUCGGAAGACGUCUGAGUUUUGCCAAAUCUCACAUGAACCAACGAUGGGACAUGGUAUAUUGUGACAAAGAAUGUUUCCAAAAGAAUACAUUUUUCUAUUACCAUAACGAAAAGUUCUUCAAUGUAUAGGUUAUCUUCACUGACGAAAAAAGUUCAAUUUGGAUGGUACUGAUGGUUUCAACGUGAUUUACGGAAGAAGGAACAAUAUUUUUCAACCAGGAAUUUUGGUGGAGGCUCGUGCAUGGUUUGGGCGGGAUUCUGUGCAAGCGGAAAACUCAUGAUAGCUUUCACAUCAUUCAUAGAUUACAUAUAUGUUCUGGAAUCCUCUCUCCUACCGUUUUUGCGUGGAUAUCGUCACAAAAAACUCACAUUCUGACAAAACAAAGUUACUAUUCAUACCAGCAAGGAAACUAUACAAUGGAUUAAGAACUAAAAACUUUUUUUUUUUGGACUGGCCGGCUCGCUCUUCAAACUUGAAUCCUGUUGAAAAUCUUAGGGAGAUCCUUGUCCGCAGAAUCUACACUGAGGAAAAACGGUACACCGCCUUUGAAGAACUCAAGGUCACGAUUUCGGAAACAUGGAAAAAUAUCAAGAAAUCCGUUCAGCAGAAUUUGGUAAAUAGUAUUCCAACACGAAUUUUCCAGAUUAUUAGCCGAAAUGGUAAAUUUGCAAAUUAUUGAGGUGUAAAUCAGCUGAUCGCUUUGAAUUUUUCACUGAUAAUACUUAUGAAUUUUGAAAUGGUCUUAUAGAAACUGGACAGCUAAAAUUAUCAUAUUGAGGCACAAUCAAUAAACAAACAACUCUUUUGAACGAAAUUGACGUUAAAUAUACUUUAUUCUAAGCAUUCAGCAAUGUAUUGCUGAUAUUUUUUUUAUCCAAAAUAUAUAUUUUUAUUAAGGCUCAUAUGGCGUCAACCUGACGGGGCCGGGAGUUCAAUAUUUCGACAAUGUUUGCCUUAUAACUAUGUUAGUAAUAUGUAACCGAUUACUCGCGGUUGGCUCGAGGUUAGUAUUACAAGUGUUUUCGUAAUUGUGAUGUUGCUGUCACCAAUGCUCUGUACCUGUGCCCGACACGGGAUACUUCCUUUUGAGAUGCAGCUGACCAUUAAUCAGCAACGCCCCCUAGUCUGUACCCCAUAUCUAGCGUGGUGCGUCUUCUCGACUCGAGGAAUCCAGGAUAGAAUGGUCACUAGCCGGCGCAAACAUCAGCUCGUGUAGAGUUGUCAUGAGCGGUACAACCUUUGGCUCUUGUUGAAUGAUCAGUGGACUGCACAACCUUUGGCCCGUGUAUCUGUAAAGAGUGUGUGUAUGUAUUGCCGCGACUAAGUAAAAGUUUAUAGAUCGGAUAGGAGGGAUAUGAAACAGGGACACAACGAAGGAAACAUCAUUAAACGUUGACAUCGGCGUUUCUGAGGAACAGGUAUAGAUGAAGCAGAAGAUCAGGAUCACGGCUACCUAAGAUAUCCCGGACGGGGAUAUCCGAUUGUCUGCCUUUUGCUCUCAGUGCUCUAGAGAGCUGAGAGCGAGCAGCAUGGAACCGGAUACACGACCAGACAAUAUGCUCGAUGUCGUGGUAGCCAUUGCCACAAUCACAAAGAUUGUUUGCUGCGAGCCCAAUGCGAUAGAGAUGCGCGUUUAGGUUGUAGUGAUUGGACAUAAGCCGAGAUAUCACGCGAAUGAAAUCACGACCUACAUUCAAUCCCUUAAACCAAGCUUUCGUCGAAACCUUAGGGAUAAUCGUGUGUAACCAGCGACCGAACUCACUCCACAUGCGCUGCCAACUAACGAGUGUGUCCUGACGAGGAAUGUGAAAAAAAUCGUUAUAAGCAAUUUGCCUUUCAAAAAGUGUGCCUUCUGAAGCGCCCACCUUAGCUAGCGAGUCCGCUUUCUCAUUCCCCGGAAUCGAGCAAUGAGAGGGAACCCAUGCUAAGGUAAUCUUGAAUAAUUUUUCGACCAAAACACUCAAUAGAUGUCUUAUUCUUGUUAGGAAAUAAGAUGAGCGUUUAUCAACUUUCAUUGAACGAAUUGCCUCUAUUGAGCUGAGACUGUCUGAAAAAAUAAAAUAAUGGUCGAUGGGCAAUGUUUCAAUGAUCCCUAGUGCGUAGUAUAUCGCACCCAGUUCAGCAACAUAUACGGAACAAGGAUCUUUGAGUUUGAAAGAGGCACUGGAAUUUUCAUUGAAGAUGCCGAAGCCAGUGGACCCGUUUAUGAAUGAACCGUCAGUAAAGAACAUUUUAUCAGAUCUAACUUUCCCAUAUUCUGCCGAAAAUAUCGGCGGAAUAGAAUCGGAGCGUAGUUGAUCUGGGAUUCCAUGGAUUUUUUGUCGAUUUUUUGUAGGCCCAUAAAACUGUAUCGAGAAGAUUUCAAGCUGCCAUGAUUGAAAAACAUGUGCUUUUCUGAGAGUAAAUUGUACAGGAAAUUAUUCAGAAUUGGCGAAAGUCCACGAUUAUGAAGUUUCUCUGAGAGAAUUUCCAUGGAAACUGAAUCAAAUGCCCCUUUGAUAUCGAGAAAAACGGAAGCAAUUUGUUCUUUACGAGCAAAUGCGAUUUGGAUUUCAGAAGAUAGCAGCGCGAGACAAUCGUUCGUCCCUUUACCUCGACGGAAGCCAAACUGCGUAUUUGACAGCAAAUUGUUCGCUUCAACCCACUUGUCCAAACGAAGUAGAAUCAUUUUCUCUAACAAUUUACGAAUACAGGAUAACAUUGCAAUCGGCCUAUACGAGUUGUGAUCGCAAGCCGGCUUGUUGGGUUUUCGUAUGGCUAUCACUCUCACUUGCCUCCAGUCAUGUGGGACAAUAUUCAGCUCCAGAAACUUGUUGAACAAGCUCAGCAAACGCUGUUUCGCCAAGUCGGGAAGAUUCUUCAACAAGUUGAAUUUAAUCUUGUCCGACCCCGGAGCUGAAUUGUUACAUGAGAGGAGGGCAAUUGAGAAUUCUACCAUCGAAAAAUUCUCAUAGUCGCAUUGGAGCGGAAUGUCGCGUACGACGCUUUGUGCAGGAACGGAAUCGGGACAAACCUUUCUUGCAAAUUUGAAAAUCCAACGGUCAGAGUAUUCCUCACUUUCAUUUGUAUGGUUCCAGCCACGCAUUCUCCUAGCCGUAUUCCAAAGAGUGCUCAUAGCUGUCUCCCUUGACAAACCAUUGACGAACUUCCGCCAAUAUCCACGCUUUUUUGCUUUAAUCAGACCUUUUAGUUUGGGCUCUAGAGCUUGGUACUUUCGAAACCAUUCCACUAAUCCAGUUUUCCUUAAUUUUUUGAAAGCGGAUGAUUUUUCAAGGUAGACCUUUGAACACUCCUUGUCUCACCAAAGUGAUGGAGGACGACGUCGGAAAGUGGUAGCAGGAACACGUUUCUUUUGAGCUUGAAGUGCGCUUUCGUAAAUCAAACUCGAUAUAAAGUUAUACUCUUCGAGUGGAGGAAGUUCAUGCAUUGAAACAAGUGCUUCAGAUAUUAUUUCUGCAAAUUUUCUCCAGUCAAUAUUUUUCGUGAGGUCAUACGCAAUAUCGACUGACUCACGAGAACCUGAUUCAUUGGCGAUCUAUAAAAUUAUUCGCAGGUGAUCACUACCGUGGGGAUCUUGGAUUACCUUCCACGUGCAUUCCAGGGAUAACGAAGAAGAGCAAAGUGAUAUGUCUAGCAUACUUGCCCGUGCAGGAGGGUUGGCUAUCCUAGUUGCUUCCCCUGUAUUUAAAACUGUCAUGUUGAAGUUGUCGCACAGAUCAUAAAUCAACGUGGCACGGCUGUCAUCGUAGUGUGACCCUCAUGCUGUUCCAUGGGAGUUGAGGUCACCUAAGAUUAGCCGCGGCUCCGGCAAUGCCUUGAUGAUAUCAAAAAACUGAAGGCGGCCGACCAUGGUUCUUGGAGGAAUAUACAUCGAGGCAAUGCAGUAGUCUUUGCCAUUGAUUUGUGUCUGGCAAGCGACAACUUCAAUGCCUGUCAUCGAUGGGAGAGUGACUCUAGAAGGAGUGACAUUUUUUUAUCCCCAAUAGUACGCCACCAAACGAGUCAUUUCGAUCGAGGCGAAUAAUGUAAUCUUCAAAUUGCUGAUAUUGUUGAAAUUCUAACUGUUUGCGUUGCAACGAAAUAGAAUCGGGGUGGUCUUAUAGCAGCUGGACAUAAUGUAGUAAUCAUCACAUUUGAACAGGAGACCAUUGAACAAAUUUCAAUUUACCUACCAAGCAAAACAAAAAUUAACUGAAACAGCGCUUCACACGUUAAUUUCAAAAAUAGAGAAGUCUUUCGAAGCUUUUCUUGAAAUUGAGGGAGUAGUUGACAAUGCAUCCCACAACUCUAUAAAUAAAGCUAUGAAAAAAUGUAGUUUUGACAUGGGCAUCUCCAACUGAAUACAUGCCUUGCUAACCAACCGAUUAUUAACAGCUAAAUUUGAAGUAUCUAUACUAACAACUAAAACAACUAGAGGUUGCCCUCAAGAAGGAGUUCUGUCUCCUCUGUUGUGGUCCCUAGUUGUCGACGAUCUUCUUAAUAACCUAUCUAAUUCAGGAUACGAAGUCAUUGGUUUUGCUGAUGACAUAAUCAUCUUAGUGAGGGGUAAAUGUGAGUAUAGUAUUUCCAAUAGAAUGAAAACAGCCACCAUUUAAAACUUAACUACACACUCAAAUGGUGCAAUUUGGACUUAGUGUUAAUCCUUCAAAAUAAGUCACAGUUCCAUUUAUCAGAAGGAGAAAACAUAAGAUUCUAUCUCUUAGAUUGAGAGAUGUAUAAUUGGAGCUUUCAAAACGAACCAAAUAUUUAGGUGUCAUGCUUGACCAAAAACUAAAUUGGAACGACCAACUGGAGUAUGCAAUAUCUAAAGCCCAGACUACUCUCUGGUGUUGUAGUAGUAAAUUCGAGAGAAAGUGGGGACCAAAACCGAGAAUGGUUCACUGGAUUUACUCGGCAAUUGUAAAAUCAGACUAACAUAUGCUUCGCUAGUGUGGUGGCCUCAAACUACACAAAUAUCAGCUCAGGAAAAGCUCGAUAAUAUACAACGUCUGGCAAGCUUAUCAAUAACUGGAGCAAUGCCCAGCGCAUCCUCCGAAGCCCUAGAUGCUCUUUUAUACCUUCUAUCCUUGCCCCAAUAUGUGCAACUUGAAGCGGAAAAAGGUGCUCUUAAACAAAUAAAACAUUUUCUAGAAGGGGAUCUCACAGGGCAUUUACAGAUCCUGAAAGAUUUUCAACUGAACAGUAUAGUAAGCAUGAAUGAAGACUGAAUGGAAACAAAGACUUAUUUCAGUAUUCCCUUUCAAAGUGAUUGAAUUCGAUCGCAACGAAUGGUAAGAAGGUGGUUCCAAAACUCGUCCAGGAUCACUCGUGUUUUAUACCGAUGGAUCUAAAAUUGAUAAAUCUAUCUGGUAGCUGAAUAAUCAUGACUGUGAACAAUUUAUAUAGAAUAAACUGGUUCUAUUUAAUAAAUAUUUACGGUCAAAAGUAGGCUGGAGAAGUUUAAUGAUUUUUGUUAUUUUAAUUCAAUUGAAAAACUCAGUUGGCGCUUACGUCAACUAUGCAUAUUUGGGCAGUAUAGGAGGUAAUGAAAAAGCUGAUCUCUUAGCAAAAUUAGGAUCUUCAACUAAAUUCGUAGGGCCUGAGCCAUUUUGUGGAUUAUCUACAUCAUACAUGAAAUCUGAGCUGAAAACCUGGGAAAUAUCAAUGAUUGAAGCAAACUGGAGAGCUCUAUCAACACCAAGACAAUCCAAAUUAUUCAUUACACCUUGUAACAGAAUAACACGCAACCUACUCAACUUGAAUAAGGUAUAUUUGAGUACAUUAACCGGUCUAUUGACCGGGUUAAUGUACUCAAAUGUGUCCACUGGUAUCACCUUAAAAAAAUCGGAAAACUGGCAGAUGAUAACUGUCGUUUCUGCAAUUUUGAAGCUGAAAUUUCGGACAUUUACUGUGUCAAUGCAGUACACUAAAACUGGAGUACACUACAAAAGAUCAAACUAAUGGUCGCAUUGGUACAAUAGCAGUUUCAAUACCUCCCCAUGAUCAUGAGAGAUCUCAUUUGAAUAAAAACAAAAAACGAGCGACCCGGAACUGGAAACGAAAAAAAUCGAGUUUACAGGGGAAUCGUUAGCUGAUGUGUAGAAUAGCCUAGCGAUCGAUAGAUAUCCCGUCAAAGCAGAAUAUAUUAAGUCCGCAAACUCCCAAAUCGAUGAAGCAGAAAUAGUACGAUACGAGGUAUGGCUAUUAAAUAACGAGAUUGGGCGCCUGGAGGUGGGGGGAAAAACGAAUAGUGCGUUCGGUAGCUUGAAGUGUCUGCUAUAAACGUACGAAAACACGUUUUUGUCACUAUAGUAGUUUGCGAGCAACAGUGGUUUGAAUGGACGUGGUUUGUAGUACGCGUCGGAAAUCAUUUGUGACGAAAAACACGAACAACAACGCACCUGCCCCUUAACUGUCGCUGUCGGGGAAGCAAUUUUUAGCCGAUAAGGGCAUUCCAGUGCUCGAACAUGCCCCGUACACGCCAGAUCUAGCCCCAUUCGACUUUUUUUUCUAUUCCCCAGGAUCAAAUCCGUGUUGAAAGGUACUCGCUUUCAGUCCGUAGAAGAGGCGAAGGAAAAAGCGACGCGGGUUUUGAACGCCAUCACAAAAAAAGAGUUUCAGCACUGCUUCGAACAAUGGAAAAAAUGUAUGGAAAGGUGUGUGAGGAGCCAAGGGGAGCAUAUCGUUGUUCUAUGAACUUGUCGAAAGUUCUUCCGAAGUCACUAUCUGCAUAUAAGAAACUUUUGUAUGAACAUUUGAGUCCGACCUGGGCAGAUGUCUAAUUUUUUUACGUUCAUAUUUUCAUUGCUUAAAAACAGGAAGUAGGUUAUAUCUGUGGUAUAAACGCAAGGUUGACGUAGGACUAUCGUGGGUUUAGUGAUCAUUUAUUUGAAGUUGCAUCUAAAUCAAUCUUCAAUGAAUGGAGGCGAACUGGCGUAGUGGUAGCAUCCAUACCUCUCACGCUAAAGGUCACGAGUUCAAUUCUAACUCCCGACAUUCUUCCAAAUAUGGAAUUAAAGUGACGAACCAGCCAAAUGUGUUGAAAGUCACUAUAAUACAGAUAAAAAAAAUCUUCAAUGAAUGGAUGAAUGAAUAUGGGGAAAUUCAAAAACGAGAACGUUACGAUGGAGGCACCAGGUUUUGAGCGGCAAUAGCUCUUUUUAGACUGAACGAAGUGACAUGAUUUAUUCGAAAGAUAAAAUGUCUACGAAUUAUUUGCCUUGAAAGCAAACUUUUGCUAGAGUCGAGUAAAUUGAAGAAGUUUCAAGCCUCUGUAAUUCUAGACAACAACAAAUUAUUGAAACUAUUAAAAUCUAUAACUAUGGGUACCUGCUUCGAAUUUCAUCUCUGUAGUGAUUAACAUGCGGGUGAUGGAAGACACGGCUAGCAAAGCAAGAUAGUCGUUCGCUUUGUGCACGACCUCGUAGAACAACUUGUAUGUAGCGAAGCCAAACAUUCAGCAGAAGAAAAAAUUACGCAAACUGGAGUAAUACUCAUUCUCCGCUCACUCAUGUUGGUCCAAUACAUGAUACAUUGCUUGUCAUUACCUCUCAAACUCUUAUCUUCCUUUGUGUGUGAUAUAAUUUGUAAACCAUUUUCAAUAGACAAAAUAUCUGUCAAUUCCAAUCAGUCUACAUUAUUUUGUGGCAGAAUGAGACCUCCCUCAAAACACCCAUUUUGAGAAAUUAUUCAGUGAACAUCGUUUGCCGACGAGCGUCGAGCGGGAAUGAAUUGUCUUUCUCAAAAUUCAUUUUGUACCCCUAAUAAGUUUCCGAAAGACGUAAUUUUACGUUGAUCGAACUUGAUCGAAGAAAUAAGAAAGAGAAUCUAUUUGAUCACAGUAUUUGAAAAACUCUUUUGCUUUAAAGAAAUUUCGAAUUCCGGGAAAAACUAUUUGACAUUUGAUUUGCUGCAAACAUAACUGAAUUUCUCGUGUUGUGCUUGAUAAUGUUUAGUUUUUUCGUAGCUGCUGCUUAUUUAUUUGCUCCGACGUUUUCGGCUUCUGUGCAGCGAUUUCUGGAAAUCUAGUUGACUUUUUGCUUUCGGGCAGCCGCUGGUCGCCUUCUUCACAGCAGCAAGAUUGAGUUUUAUUUUUUGGGGCAGCGGUUGUUUUCUUCUCUCUGGUAGCAGUGGGGAAGCAGCGGUAGAUGCUUGAACGAACGAAGUUAGCUUCGCCACAUUAAUAUUGUAACAGCGGUAACAUGCUCCAACUGGUGUACAAUUAUAACUGAGUGAAUUCCAGAGCGGGCACAAAAUUAUGUACAUAUUUGUACACAUUUUAGCGUUACGUUAUUUGUGUACCAUGCCUAACAAUGUAAACUCUCAUUACACCUCAAUGAAGCAUAGCAUUUUCGCUACGGUGUAUAUACUUACUUUGUGGAGGCUAUCUGGCGUAGUGGUAACAUCCAUACCUCUCACGCUCAAGAUCACGAGUUCAAUUCUCACUCCUGAUAUUCUUCCAAAAAUGGAAGCAAAAGUGACGAACCAGCCAAAAGUGUUGAAAAUCACUAUAAUGCAGAAAAAAAUAUGCUUACUUUACUUGGAUACCACCAAUAUUCUCGCAUCAUUGACAACUGGAUCAAUCAAUGAUUCUAAUGCUAAGGUAGAACUUCAAAACUGGACUUAGGAAAUCAAUAUAGAUAUCAAUACAAACUUUCUGAGAUAAAACAAAGAUGAGAAGAUUUUCAAACCAAAAACACAUAUUUUGUUAUGGCAACCCUGGUUGUUAGAGUGGUGAAAAGUACCCGGAACCAUUAAUGAUUAACACCUUCUAUUUUCACUGGUAAAAUGUGAAAAUAAUAACAAACAUUAAAAGCUAGUUUUCCCCGGCGAUAUUAUCCUUGUCUAAAACAUUGCCUCUGAUGGGUCGUCAUAAUUAUUCAAAUAUCGCGUGCAGAUAGCGUGAGUGUACCCUUUCGAGUCUCUCAAUCGACAGUCAGUUUUUUCAUUGCAAAAUUUUUGACACUACCAACGUACUCAAUGGGCUUGAUUCUCGAAUACACUUCACGGUGGAAACGAAAUAAACGGCACGCCAUUGAACUACGUUUUACGAGUUAGUGAAGUGUCGAAAAUAAUAAUUUUCAGGCAGAAUGAGCACUUUUCAAAUAAAAAAUCAUUGAUGAAAAUUAACUUCUUCGUUUCAAACUGGUGUUCAAUGUGAAUGGAAAACUUUGUUUUCUUCAUGUGGUGUAAUAAUCAUGUGGUAUAAUAAUUUCAUCUGAAGAUUUUUGUAUGAGAUUUGAAUUUGAUAUUAUAAUGAUAAGUUUUAGUAGGAAACUAAUUUCGUAUCCAGAUUUCGACACCGUACCGUUGUCAUCGCGGAUACAUUUCAUUUCGUUUCCACCGUGAAGUGUAUUCCAGAAUUAGGCUCAAUAUCAUAUCCCAUAUAGUAGAGACGUGUAUUGACUAUGAUAUUUCUAAUAAAAUUUCUACCAACGUUCAACCGUUUAAACCAGGCUCUCGUCGAAACAUUGGGAAUGAUAAGUGCUAUCGACAAAUGUAGAACAAUUCUUAAUAUGCAUCGACUCACCUUCUUCUUUAUUGGCACUAACGUUCCUAGUGGAACUUCGCCGUCUUAACGUAGUAUUACUUGCGUCAUUUUUAUUAAUACUUUGUUGAGAUUUCAAUGCCAAAUAAUACGCUUCGAAAGUAUUCUAGCUGGUAUGCUAUAGAAUACGCGUGACCACCGUGCAAAUCGGAAGAAAUUUCUUUGACGAAAAAUCCCCCUUCCAAAACGGGACCACAUCAACCAUUUAAUUUCAGCAGCGUCCCGAGUCAUUUUGGCACUCCUGACAAUUGCCCAAUAUUUUUCGAUAGGGCGGAAUUGGGGGUAAUUGGGAGGAUUGAGGUCAUUUCAAUGCUAUCGAUCUCUUUGUCACGAUACUACUGAAGCACCAGCUGUAAAUUCCUUGCCAAAUCAAGUACUUCCUGACAAAUUUAUCAGCGAAAACCAACUUAAAUUUGUUGGGGACAUCUUCUCUGGCCAGUUGUCUAGGUCAGUUGCUCCCCAAUAGGAAGUAUCCCGUGUCGUCCACACAUACAGAGCACUGGAGACUGCAACAUCCCAAUUAUGAGAAUCUUUGUAAUACUAACCUCGAGUAAUCGGUUACAUAUUACUAAUGCGGGCGCUACACGAUUCGUCCAACGUUUCACUCGAAUGUUGGACUCAAACAUUUGACUCGAUGAAUCGACAAAUGUUGUGACGAAUGUGCUGCUACACGGUGAAGUGAAUGUUCGAUUCAAUGCAAUCGGUCCAAACAAUCGGCGAGUAUUUGGAUCAAAUGUUUAUUGUUUUUAUUUACCAUCAAAAUCUUUAGGAAACUGGAUGACGAUGCGAGUAUAGAAAUUGCUGCCGUAGCAAUUGUACUGAUAUCGGGCUGUAAAUUAAAAAUGCUUGAAAUCAACAUUAUUAAACUGCAAUAUUUUGCCGUAUAUUUUGAAUUUUAUGAACCAAUUUCAUAGUUCCUUCAUCUAAAACUUGUAAACAAACCAAUCUGUCAAAGAUAGAUUCGGACGAAUCGUGUAGCGGUGUAUCGAAUGUCAUCGAGUGUCGAAUCAACGAAUGACAAAAAUUCUUUGACUCGUGCCACUCGCGUUGGAAGGUAAUCCACAACGAACGGAUUUCCAUCCAACGCGAAAAUUCGACGCUCGACAUUGGAGGUUCGUAGUUUGCCAGUCGACUACACGAUGCGUCGAAUCAUCGAGCGUCCAGCAUUCGAGGGUGUUCGUAGCAUCGUGUAGCGCUGGCUUAACAUAGUCGUAGGCCAAAAAUUGUCAAAAUAUUGAACUCCCGGCCCCGUCAGGCUAACGCCAUAUGUGCCUUAAUAAAAUAUAUAUUUUGGAAAAAAAAAAUCUUCUCUGGCAGUGGCCUUAUAGAAUUUCAGGCCUGGGAGCUGUUCAAAAUCCAUCUUCACAUACGUUUCGCCGUAGUUCGUCAAACUUUGUGGUACAACUUUCGAGCACUUCUUUUGACUACCAAAUUUUUUAGUGCCCUGUUUGGUUGCUUGCAGGCACGGAAAUUACGACAACCCUCUCGGAUACGGAUACUCCGAAUGGUAUUUGGUUGUUUCUGGCGAUUUCGUAGUCCGAGAGUCUCGGGUUUGGCUUAAUUGUUCUCAAUGCCUUCAACCUUAGCUUCCGAUCGUAAGUUCGACUACGACGCGUCCCCUGAUCACCUUUUCCAAGACAAAAUGGAUCAACGUGAAAUUUUUACCAUCGAAAGAUAGAUAUCAGAUACGCCUACUACGACCGCUGCUAUAAAAUGAACAAUGAUUCCGGAUUCUAACUAAACCAAACCUUAUUCAGCAAGAGUCCCCUGUUAACCGUGGAAUUCGCGUCCAAUCAACUAAAGACGACGAAUGUCGUUUUAAAAAUGAAUCACGCAAUGGAAACACUACAUUUCAGAUAACGUAAUCAACCAUUUAAUACCAACUAUGAUUUGUCCAAGUGUAACGUAACCUAACCUAUUGUCUCUUUAGCAUGUUCAAGCAAGUGCAAUAAAUGAAACCUGAAACAUCGUAAAGAAUGAACCGGACACUAAUUAGUUGAAAAUCUUUUUAAGACGCAUUUACAACCCGCUCAGUUUCCCACCUUUCUGGCGCUCUGUGCGAUUGUAGAAAUUUACCUACAAAGUGCAAAGUAUCUUACCAUGGAAUUGUUUAUAACUUCAACCUGAUAUGCAAUGUUGUUUCAUGAUUGCAAAAAAAAUGACCGUUCACAAAACACAAUUCUUUUUUCGUUUGGAUAGUAAAACUAAUAAAUUGUACACUACCUCGGAAAUACAAAAAAAAAACAAUUGUUCAAGUUUGUUAAUAAUGAUUAUAUCGGUUGCAAAUGAUAACUAUUUGAGAGAGAUAGAAACGCUGAAAGAUACCGGAGUAAACCGAAAAAACAAACGCUUUAUGAAAAAGAUGAAACAGUUUAGAAUAACAAAUUUAAGAAGAAAAAACUGCAAAAAUCAAUCGUUUUUUAGGUUUUCUUUUGAAGGUGUAAAUAUGGUUAACAAAAACUGUUUAGCUUUUAAGAUGAUUAUAUAUUAUAUAUAUUUCUAAAGAAAGUCGCGCUAAAAUCGAGAAAAAUGAAUAAAAUUAAUUAUAG